AGGUGGGUCCUUGAGGCUGGUUGAGUUCAUCUUAGCAAGUAAGUCUUGUGACGUCAUCUCAGGAAUGCAGUCAAGGUCCGGUUGUGCUGUUGAGGCAGCUGUGAGGAGUCACAGCACUGGCUGCCGCAGCUGGACGCACCAAGGACGGGCAGGGUGUGGGGCCUGGUGGUGGGCUCCCCGCUCACAACGCCGCUUCCAGUCCCGGUGCUGGGGAAUCGCCAGGGUCAACCGCAGACCGGGACCGCGGAUCCCAAGAGCAACAGGUUCUGCACCCCUGCAUCCCCAGGCCCGGCCCGGCAGCCAUGACGGACACGCCCAUGGAGGACUCCCUCUUCCAGAUCAUCCGCUGCUUCCACCAGUACGCGGCUCGGGAGGGGGACGUGGAGACCCUGUCCCUGGAUGAGCUGAAGGCCCUGCUCAUGGACAACGCGCCCCGCUUCAUGGAGGGCUUGGGCCGGAAGCAGCCAUGCUAUGUCACAGAGUUGUUCCGGGCCGCAGACAGGAACAAGGACAACCAGAUCUGCUUUGAUGAAUUCCUGUACGUCCUGGGCAAGCUGGCGAAGGACUACCACCUGCAGUACCACCGGCGGCUGUGCGCCCACCACUGCGCCCAGCACAGCCUCUACUAGGGGUGGCGGGCUGCCCGGAGCACGUGUGACCUGGGAACAGAGGACCCCGUGGCGUAUGUCUAUGUAUGUGUGUGCACAUGCGUGUAUGUGUGUGUGGAAAGCACGGCUGUGUAGGAGAGAAUAGUGCAAUUUCAUAAAUAUUUCUGAGUAUUGGUCAGCUCAGGGGUCUGGGCACCGCCUAAGGAUCCAGGUCUCCCCCACCCCAGGAAACACCAAUUUGGGGUGGGAGACCCAGCCUCUGCCUCCAGGGAGCCCCUGUCUGACGGAGGAGGCAUUGCCCUUGAUUGCGGGGAAUCCAUGCUGGGCUGACGGGAGCCACAGGCCCUGCCUUCAGCUUUCAGUCUGUGAGGGAGGACUCUCGUCACCAGAGGCGGCCCUUAGAGAAGCUCCCUCGCCCAUCCCACACACACGACGGGCUGGGGGCCCCGAGGAGAUGGGUCUGGGCCCCUCUUCCGAAGGCGUCCCUGCUCUGAAGGAGAGCGCCAACAAGCCAGGGCCCCAAGGUGGACCCCCCUGGGUCUGGCAGGGGCCAGGAGAGGGAGGGCACAGCGGGAUCCAGGGGCAGCAGGAGGUGUGCUGUCCAUGGAAAGACAGGAACGAAGUCAGCUUGAUGAGUGGGCUGCGGCCAGAGGCUGGCAGCUGAGCAGUGGAAUUUGGGCUUUAGGCAAUGGGUUGGUUGAGCGUGGUGUGUGUGUGUGUGUGUGCAGGAGGGAGUGUGUGUGGGGGUGUGUGAGGGAGAGUGUGUGUGUGUGUGGGAGGGUGUGUGUGUGGGAGGGUGU